AUGCUACGCUAUAGCGCGAAUCGUCCCAUUCCCCAACAGGCCCAUACCCCUCUCUCCGAAAAGAUCGGCGACGCCGAGCAGAAGAUACGCAAGGAGAUCGCCAUUAUGAAGAAGCUGAGGCAUGGGCACAUCGUACGCCUCAUCGAGGUCAUAGACGACAAGCUAAAUGACCGCAUAUAUAUGGUCAUGGAGUACCUUAGCGGUGGCGAGGUUAAAUGGAGGAUCAAGGCGCGCGAAGAGCAUCCCUGCUAUGAACCUAUCUUACAACUGGACCAAGUCAGGCGCAUAAUACGGGAUGUCAUAUUGGGACUAGAGUAUUUACAUUACCAGGGUAUCAUCCACAGGGACAUCAAGCCCGGUAACCUGCUGUGGACUGCAGAUCGUCAGAUGGUCAAAAUAUCGGAUUUUGGCGUCUCCACCUUCUCGUAUGCACAACGAUUAGCAGCCGCAGGGCGCUCAAAGGUAGAAGCGGACGACACGGAUCCCCUCCUGCUUGACGACUCAGAUCUGUCGAAACGCUCAGGAACACCAUCCUUUCUCGCUCCGGAAAUUAUUGCCGAGUACGAGAGGGCGUCGGACGCGUCCCCGACGUCCACGUCCACGUCCUUUCUGUCCUCUGCAACAGCUCAUGCUUCACCAACGACUUCCAGUCGCUCAAAGAGGAAGAUCACGAAGGCGAUCGAUGUGUGGGCGCUUGGCGUCACACUGUACUGCCUUCUCUUCGGAGAUUGCCCGUUCCACCCGCCUCCCGGCAUUGGUGGCUCUGCUGCCGAGUUCGCUCUCUAUACCGUGAUUUGUAAUGAGGAUUGGACGCCCCGGAAAACCAUGGCGUAUGGGCGUAUCCCGACUGGCGGACGACAUCCUGGGAGAAGUGCCCCCUCUGAAGCUCGUGUAGUUAUACGUAUACUGGAUGGGCUGCUUCAGAAGGACCAGCACAAGCGCAUGACGCUUGAUCAGCUCAAGGUGUGCCGUCCCGAACCCUCAUAG